UUGCUUGUUUGUCUUUGAAAACUAACCAAACUAAGUGGAUGCUUCAACGAGCAGCGCUGUAAUGUAAUUUUACGAAAAAUGUGAUUUAAAAAUUACCCUAAAUUGGUGCGGCGCAAAAAACAUGCAAACAUGAUGCUUAGUAUCGGGUAGUGAGCAGUGUUGUAACGGUCAACGCCGUUUUUCAAAAUUCGGCAUCAAAAAGAGUGCUUCCUUGGAAUUUGCCGGUGCGAAUUCUAUAUUGAGGCCAAGAGAUGCCAUACUCAACUAGGUACAGUCCGAAUGUCACCAGGAUGACUGAAAAUGCUAUUUUUUCAGAGCACAACAGUUGGUACGAUGAGUGCACCUGUUGUCCCUAUGGCUACCAUAUCGACCUUGAUUUCGUACGGUAUUGCGAAUCAAUUAGCAAAGAAGCUGAUAACCGCACCGGGUCGAUCAAACGAAGAAAAGAUAGAAGAAGGCAACGGCAGUCCAUGGAAGUUCUGUUGGGAUUGACACCACCCGUUCUGGCCGCCUUGGAAGGAACCAUUAACAAGACGAACCAUGCACAAGAAGAGCCCAAAAUAAUUCCAAAACAAACAACGACUUCGACGGAACACUUUCAUUUUAACGACGAUUUUGACGAUGCCGUCUCGGACUUUGAAAGAGCUCUUCAAAGAUCUAAAAACAAAUUGUCCAAUAACCUGCCAGAUGUUACCGCCGUCUCAGCGAGUUUGCGAAGGGUACCAUCGACGUCGUCUUUGUCGUCCACUUCCGAAUCGGUGAGGGUAUUACCGAUUAAUAACGAUGGAAUUGCGAAAGUCGAAUUCGAUAGCGUGAGCGUCGAAUCUUGCGGCCUUAGCCCUAUGGCCCUGCAAAACAUCAGGGAAGCCCUAGCUCUGAGCCUCGAACGGACGAAAGAAUUAGAAAAUCGAGUGCGACUUAUACCGGAACUGCAGGAUCAAUUACUGGCGCUAAAACGGGAUAAUCGGCAAUUAAGUGCGAAAUUGAAAACCGAAGAGAACUUGCGUCUUCAAAUUGUUAACGGGGACUACUUUCAAUUAGAAAGGAAUCGAAAAAGAUCGCAAAGUUUUACCCACAUCGACAGUUUCGAUAGUCAAGCGGCUAGUAAGAAAGAACCUCCAGCACCACCCCCAAGAAAAGACUUUGGCGUAAUGUGCGGGGUACUAACGCGAAACAUAGGAGUCGGUCAUCACUACCCCAACACUAAACACGCGGCAACCACCACCGCCAAUUUGGAAUACUCCGACAAAUGGUUGGCGGAAAAAGCAAAAUUUUUAAACAACCAAAACAUCAUUCCGUGUAAAUCGACUGUUACCAAAGGAACUCAGACUCUUUUCGUCAAAGAGAAACGAGACGUUGGUAUUCAAUCGGCGAAAGAAAAGUCUUCGACGUCGCAUUUUUCUUCUCAGACCGUGAACGUAAAACCGGAAGUUAUCAGUUUAGGAAUAAUGGCGACGGUCAGUCAGUCCAACGCUGCCGUACAGAAGAACGUAGAAAGUAACACGAUUGGCUGUUCUGACGACAGCAUUAAUGACGAAAUUUGCGUCAAAUGUAGAAUUUUAAAGCAUUCGAUUGGUAUCGGACCAGAUAAAUGCGAGGACGUUCACACCGCGCCAGUUUCGUUAGCCUUACUAAGUGCUAGAAGCAAAUCUUUCAAUUUAGGUGAAGAAGGGAGGAAUUUUAAUAAAAGAACUAGAAGCGUGGGAUGCCAAUAUGAACCGAAUAGUAUUAGUAGGGCGUGUCAAUUCCGUGUGAAAACGCAAUCGCAAUCUUCGCAGCACGAACUGAAAUAUUCCGAAAAAUCGGCUCAAUACGAGCACAGUUUGGUUUCUAAACUGAUAGGCACCGACGAUCUUAAACUGGCAGUUAGACACGUGGCGUCUGAAGCUAAAGAAGACUUGAAACAAACCAGAGAAACGAGUAUCAACACCGUGCCGCUUGAUUUGGAAAAAUCUUGCCCAAAGUGUUCUACCAGAGAAAAAGAAGAUGCUAAAGAAUUUAAGAAAGAAGCUGGCAGUCCCACUCCGUCCAGGAUACCAGUUCCGACAACCCCGAUAGAAGCUAGGAAAUUUAGACGGCAGGACACGUAUACCAAAAUCUACCCCUCGUCACCAACGGAUAGAUCACCGCCACCAACACUGAUAUUAUCCGGGUUAGAUUUGUCCCCAAAAGCCGUAUCAGCCGAGUCUAUUAGUCCUUUUGACAAAGUUAAACAGAAUCUUAGACUAGAAGCUCCAACGACCUCAUCUGAUUCCAAAGUACAAAACGGGGUUAGCUUGGGCCCGAUUACCAAAGUUCAAGUACAAGAAACUAUACUGCCAGUAUCGGAAUCAACAAUUUUUCACCCAUCUUCUCAAAAUAGAAAAAUAGUUAGUCCAUCGAGAGAAAUGCAAGGCGCCAUGAAGGUUCUAAACGACUCACUACAAAAAAGCUCCAAAGUCAUAAAAAAUCAAAGUGCGGUGACUAUUGUGCAAGAAGAGUGGUUCAAGAUUUCAAGCCUUGUUACUGCAAACCCGUUAGAUGUUGAAGACUACCUUGAUGCAUUUGAAGAGAUGUCAUCUUUGUUACUCGAGUAUGUAGUCAAUAUGACUGACGUAAGUGGCAACACUGCCAUGCACUAUGCCGUCUCAUAUGGAAACUUUGAUGUGGUAUCAAUUUUGCUCGAUUCAAAGGUUUGUGAUAUUAAUAAACCCAACAAAGCAGGCUAUACAAGUGUUAUGUUAGUCUCAUUGGCUGAAGUUAGGUCUCAGACCCAUGCAAAUGUAGUGAGGAGGCUAUUCCAAUUAGCCGAUGUCAAUAUUAGAGCCAAACAGCAUGGUCAGACUGCUUUAAUGUUAGCUGUAAGCCAUGGACGGUUCGACAUGGUCAAAAUGUUACUAGACGCGGGUGCUGAUAUAAAUAUACAAGAUGAAGAUGGAAGCACAGCGCUCAUGUGUGCAGCUGAACAUGGUUAUAUCGAAAUUGUAAAGCAUUUUCUCAAUCAACCGGAUUGUGAUUCCAGUAUUACUGAUGUGGACGGUAGUACAGCCUUAAAAAUAGCGAUGGAGGCAGGUCACCGGCACAUUGGAGUACUUCUUUAUGCUCAUGAACGAAACUAUCAGAAAUCUCAUUCCAGCAAAUUAAAAAAGACCAAAUCCAGUAGUCCUAAAACCCCUUCUUCCCCUUUGCCCAUAAGAAGUAGUCACCGUGCCUUAACAGAUACCAAGAAAUAGGGAAUUACAAUGUCUAUAGUGUUUUAAAUCUUUAUUUGCAUUGGGUUAAUUCAUUUGAAGGCCUUAAAAAUUCAGAUUAAAAAAAAAAAUUAUAUGACCAUAUAUACUUUCAAAUGAACCAUCCCAAGGGCGCCAAAUGUAAUUUUACGACUUACUGGGACUUUAGUUUAAUUCAAUCAACAAAAAUAUUGAACUGAUGUAAACGGUAUAAUAUCAAAAAACCCUCAGAAUUUGUAAAUAGACAAUAAGGUAACAUUGAAAAGAAUAAUGUUUAACUAGACUGUAUACUUUUGUAUUGAAUUUUUUCUAGUGUUUAGGUUGGUAACAAAAUGUUUUGUAAAGUUUUUAUUAUACUUAUCGUUAUUAUACAUUUCUCUGAAUUUAAACACCACAUAGUAACAUUCCAUUAUUUCUAACUUCAUGAAUCCUAAUAAAAU